GUGAGGGCAGUGACCGGGUGUUUAACCCUUUACCUGAAUUUCUUUGCAUCCAGAGAUGAACAUCAUCUGAUACCUUUGCUGUUUUUUGGAGAUCUGGUGUUCCCUGUCUUUUCCCAUUGCUCAUGUCAAAGGGUGAAUUCCAAAGUACCAAAAAAGAUUACGGCUGCAGUUCUGCUGCUGACAGACAGGGGGUGCCAUUGGCACAGAACGCGAUAUUGGCGUUGAGUCACCGGUGCCGUCACCCCUGGGGUAUUCAGCACAGCUGUCAUGUCAUUAGGGCCAUUCUCCUGCAUUCUGUCCUGUACACGGUAGCCAUUUUAACGUUUGUUUAUUUUUUAAAUUUGUAAUUAAUCUCUUGCUGUCAGGGAAAGUCAAAGCCCACAUAAAGCCCAAGCAUCCUGUUCUGUGCUGGUCCUGCAGAGGGCGCCAGGACUUCCAACGCCUCAGCCCAUUCUGCUUAGCUGGUGUGCUCCGUGUGCCAGUGCGAUAUGGUCGGUGCCCAUCAGCAUCCGGUGCCCUCGGCGGCCGGCUACGUGACUUCAUGGGCUGACCGGCCUGCUUCUUCUCACCAUCAGCUUCUCCAGACUCGGCCUCCCUGCUUCCCGCCGUCCAUGGCUCCCGGUUGAUAGUCUCCACGUCCUGCGUGACGCUGUGUACCAACGAGCCCAGGGGUUAACAUCACCGCAUGGCGGCCGUACAACCGAGCAGACUGGGGUCUCCAUCCCUCAUGCUACGCUGGCCAUCUCGAACUAUGGGCCGGCACACACCAGGCAUGUGACUGGACAUUUAGCAGGAAAGCAGGCCGUAGAUGUUCUGUUCCACCCUUCACCCCCUGGAAUGUUGCCUGUGACCGCAGACGGCGCUCAGAGAAAUGUCACUCCUUGCCUAAAAUAAAUGUGGGCAGUGGAGUGACAGGUGGGGCCACACAAAGGCGACGGGAAUGCGAGGGCCGGACCCCCUGUUCCCCAUGCUUGCCCCCAGCCACACUCCCCAAGCCGAUCUUGUUUGUGGUAUUGUUUAAACAGGACCAAUGUGGACACGGCCGUGCAAUUUUCCCAUUGAUCUUAUCCUUUUUCUGGGACCCUGAAGUGACCCUGUGCAAGCAGGUACAUUUUUUCUCUCCGGGGCAGCUUCUUUGUGACCCUCCCCUCCACUGGGUGGUCAGCAGAAUAAGCCCCCCCGGCCAGCGUCAUUGUCCGGGCCCUCACCGGGGCCCCGUGAGGCUGGAGGCUCGGCAGCUGUGGCCGUCAAUCUUGACUUCUCGCUGCUGAAAAAAGACCACCCCCAGCCCCCCCCCGUGCCGGCCCACUGCCCCCUGCCAAAUGCCGACGCGCAGCAUGGCCGAGAGCGAGCCGGGCGUGGGCGGGCAUGUGGAAAUACUGUAGUUGACAGAGAUUCUGACAGUGGAGAUUUCCGACUCAGCCUGAGACUUCGCUUUCAGGGAUUAAAGAUGGGGAUCCGCAUCACGCCUCUGCUCCUCCUGACAGCCCUUCGUCUGAGCGUCGGACAGCACAAAGCCCCUCGGAUCACCACCUUGCUGGACACUCUGGAUGUGCUGCCUGACCACAACGCAACUUUCAUCUGCGAGGUGGACGCACGGCCCAUCGCCGACGUCACAUGGACGAAAAAUAACUUCCAUAUUGGGCCCUACGACCCGCGUUACAUGACCAGGGAGAACGGGCAGAUGCUGGUUAUCCCCAACAUCAGGGACUCGGAUAGCGGCGAGUACUGCUGUGUAGCCAGCAAUGGGAUUGGAGAACCGGCGAAGAGCUGCGGGGCCCUGCAGCUGAAGAUGAAGCCUCAAAUCAAGAAACAUCCAAACAACGUCACGCAGCUCAUAGAAUCGAAGGCUGUGCUGCAAUGCGUGACCCUGGGCAACCCCAAACCAGACAUCAUCUGGAUGAAAGAUGAGGAUGUCAUCAAGGUUAGCGACCGGAUAACCAUCCUGGACUAUGGCUCUCUGAAAAUCAGCAACAUCAAAAAAGAAGAUGGCGGCCAGUAUCGUUGUAAAGCAAAGAACAGCUUUGGGAUGGCUGUGUCAAGAUCAGCAAUACUUGAGGUGCAGGCUCCCGCCAGAAUCCUGAAGGUCCCAAAGGAGAAACGCGUUCCCUUCGGGUCCGAGGUCACGAUGGAGUGUAACACCACUGGUAACCCAGUCCCAACGAUAACAUGGCUGGAAAACGGGAAUGCGAUCUCCAGGGCUUCCGUGGAGGAGACGAUCAUGGGCGAUGUGGUGGCCUCCAUUCUUCGCGUCGUCGUAAACAAGCCGGCUCUGUAUACCUGCCUGGCCACCAACCGGCCCAGUGGCAGAGAGAACAUCGCCAAGGCCACCGCCAAGGUCACCAUCUCAGAAUGGAGGCUAUACAAGGGCAGUGCGGGGUACUGCAGCACCUACCGGGGGCAGGUGUGUCAGGGCGUGCUGAGGAGGGAUGCCCUGCUGUUCUUCAACGCCUCGCUGCAUGAACCCGAGGACACACAGGAGCUGCAGGCACAGGUGGCCUGGUCCCAGCUGGACAGCAGUGGCGCCCUCUGCAGGCCAGCCGCCCGGGCUCUCUUCUGCCACCACGCCUUCCAGGACUGCAACCCCUCGGGGCAGGGCCCCACACCCAAGCCCGUGUGCAGAGAGCACUGCCUAGUGGUGAGGGACCUGUACUGUCACGGAGAAUCGCUCUUUAAGGAGGACGCUGCCAGCAAAGGGAUGUACUCGUCGGGGGCUCGCAUCACGCUGCCUGACUGCACACUCCUGCCCAGCCAGAAGGACGACCACACAGCUUGUACCGUGGUCCCAUUCGUUGAUCUCAAGAAAGACCAAGUUACCACUAAAUGCUACGCCGACCGGGGACAGUUUUAUCAGGGGACGGUCAGCGUCACGCUUUCAGGCGUGCCGUGCCAAAGAUGGAGCCAGCAGGAUCCCCACCCACAUUGGCUCUCCCCAGAGGUCAUUCCUGAGCUGCGCAAUGCCGAGAACCACUGCCGGAACCCCGGAGGGGAGAAUGAACGGCCGUGGUGUUUCACCUCCAACCCGUACCUGCGGUGGGAAUACUGCGAUGUGCCUAGAUGUGGCGAUGUGCCGGCCCCGGUGUCCACCAUCCCCCGCCAGCUGGCCCCAAACGUGCCCCUGUCGCCGCCCCCUACCUACUCAAUGAGCAUCAUCAUUUUCGUCACGGCCGGCUUGGCGGCGUCUGCUUUCCUCGUCGUCAUCGCGCUCAUGUGCCGUCGCAGGAGAAAGCUGUGGAAAAGCAGGAAGAGGGUGAUGGAGACCCCUACGCUGACGACCCUUCCCUCGGAGCUUCUGCUAGAUCGCCUUCACCCCAACCCCAUGUACCAACGCCUACCGCUGCUGCUCAACACUAAGCUCCUGAACCUAGAGUAUCCACGCAACAACAUCGAGUACGUCAGGGACAUCGGCGAGGGGGCCUUUGGCCGAGUCUUCCAGGCCAGAGCCCCUGGUCUGUUGCCCAUGGAGACAUUCACCAUGGUGGCCGUGAAGAUGCUCAAGGAGGAGGCUUCAGCAGACAUGCAGAAUGACUUCCAGAGGGAAGCCGCUUUGAUGGCCGAGUUUGACCACCCUAACAUCGUCAAGCUGCUUGGAGUGUGCGCCGUGGGCAAACCCAUGUGCCUCCUGUUUGAGUACAUGGCUAACGGCGACCUGAACGAGUACCUACGUCGGAACUGCUCCAACCCACGGCACAGCCUGAGCCAGGCCAGCCUGUCGGGCCGCAGUUUCGCCUCUGAGCUAGAGGGUGGCGCCCUCACCUGCGUCGACCAGCUCUUCAUUGCCAAGCAGGUAGCUGCCGGCAUGGCCUACCUGUCAGAGCGCAAAUUUGUGCACCGAGACCUGGCCACCCGCAAUUGCCUAGUGGGCGGUGAGCUGAUGGUGAAGAUCGCCGAUUUUGGUCUGUCCCGGAACAUCUACUCAGCCGACUACUACAAGGCCAACGAGAAUGACGCCAUCCCCAUCCGCUGGAUGCCACCUGAGUCCAUCUUCUACAACCGCUACACCACUGAGUCGGACGUCUGGGCCUACGGGGUGGUGCUUUGGGAGAUCUUCUCUCAUGGCAUGCAGCCCUACUACGGCAUGGCACAUGAGGAGGUCAUCUACUACGUGAGGGAUGGAAAUGUGCUGGGCUGUCCUGAUGGCUGCCCGCUGGAGCUCUACAGCCUCAUGCGUCUCUGCUGGAGCAGCCACCCCUCGGACAGGCCCGGCUUCCCCAGCAUCCACCGCAUCCUGGAGCGGAUGCACAGUCAGAUGCUACACGCCUCCCUGCCCUGACCCUGCGAGAAAGUGGGUCAGCGAAGGGUGUGGGGUGAAACGCGUGACUGGGAUAAUUUCCCGAUGGGAUCCAUUGGCCCAUUUUGACAACAGUAGGUCCUUCAGCUGAGAUGACGAUCGGCUGGAUGCACCAAGAGAAGAUGUCAAAUGCAUUCGCCCGAAUAAACCUCCGCAGGCUCCCUUUGGAGACGUGGGUGGUCCAUAUCCAAGACUCCCCCCAAAACAGCUAAUUUCCACCUGAUUAACUGCAGUCUGUGCAGAAAUGACUGUUCCAGUUGGGGAUAACCUCUCCUUCUCCUCCACCAUCUCUAGGAGAUGCCGUAUGAACCCAAUAGGGUCAAGAUAAAUGUUUAAGAUCCAAAUUAGAAUUGAUUGGACUGCACUUUCUGUUCAAAAAAGAUGACAAUUUGAAGGGUCUUUGCCAUUUUAAAAACACACCUAUUGAGUGUCACUACUCCGCACACACAGCUCCCUGAAUGCCUAUCAGACAGCUUCAGCCGCCCGCUGCCCUCUUCGAAGCAGGGCGCCUGGAAGUAAUGAAGAUCAAACCCCGAGGAUAGGUUGGGCAGGCAUUUACACCUCCAUCUGUAUUUAGGGCUGUAUUUCAUUACAAACAUGCCGCCGUCUAUACAGGAUACAGCAUAUUCCACAGUGGUACAUUAUCACUUUUAAUAUUUUUAUAUGUUGUGUUUCGACAUCGUUUUUUUUUUUUUAUUGCUAUUCCAGCUAAUUAUGUAAUGUUUUUAUCAUUGUUAUUGUAUUAUUUUUGGUUUCAUCACACAAAUGCAUCCAGAUAAACCAGGGACUGGACACACAGAGUAAUGUUGUACAGUCCUUCCUCAGGGUUAAAGAGAGCAGGCAUGGAAAUAGCAGGCUUCCCCGAUUGUUUGGACAUGUUCGGCUUGUAUCUCACAUGCAUGAUGGAGCGUAAACUCCGUAGAUAAAACAUACCAAGUCAAACCGUAAAGUAACCAUGCAGGAUACCAUUCCAGCACCUUUGUUUCGCAGGUAGUCAGCUUGUGAUAUUUAAAUGUGUGUUUUUAAAGGUUAUGGUUAAAUAUAAUUACCGAAAGGCCUGUUUCUGCAGUACCUGAAAAUACCCAGCCAGUUUGUGUCAGCCGUUUUUUUCCGGCGAUCGUGACCUGUGCGGGUCGCUCUGGGCACCAAUGGCCGUGCUGGUCUGAGUUCUGGUGUUGAACGCUGCCUUUCUGCAACCUGCGUCUUCCCUGAGCAGUAUCACCGGCUACUGUGAGAGAAGCAAUGAUGAGGUACAGGGAGAAAAUGUUACAUCUAGGUUGAAAACAUCGGAAAAUGUACCGGCUCUUUGAUUCCUUUAUUGGUAUCAUUAAUUUCGAUUCGAUUAUUUGACAAAUUGUCUGGAUUUUGUGUGCAGUCUAAGAUUUUGUGUUUAAAAUGCAGAUUAUUAUGUGGAUUGAAUGGCUGAGUGAUCACACUAACUUUGUUAUAUUUGUAUGCGUUAUGUCAUGAUUAUUUACACUCCGUAAACUAACAUUACUGCUGCCAUGUAGAUGAUACAGAUUAAGUUGCAAUAUAAUUUUGUGAGGUAGGUGGCACUGUUUCAUUAGUUUUAAUAAAAUUCAGGAAAAAAUAUCA